AAAAGAGACUCUUUGGCAGUCGGAACCAUUCGAUCUUCAGUGCUGUUCAUUUUUGCAGUGAACAAUCCUGCAACUAUCAGAAGCGAUGAUCCAGAAUAUGAUUAAACUUCUUUUUUUGCUCGGAAUCCUAUUGAAGACCUCAUGUGCUCAACGUCCUUUUAUUCUGAUAGAAGAACCGAAGUCCUGGACUGAAGCUCAAUCGUACUGCAGAGAGAAACAUCUUGAUCUGGCCACUGUUCAAAGUGAUCAAGACAGAUCUUACAUACAGGAGGAAGCAAACUACAUGAACUUCAGAUCUUCUGCCUGGAUUGGUUUGGGCAUAAGCCCAUGGCGUUGGUCUUGGAAAAAUGAGGCGAUGAUAUAUCAGAAGUGGGACUCUGGGGAGCCAAACAUGGACAGGGGGCAAGAGGCAUGUGCAUUUUUAAAAAUGAAUGUAAGAUGGGAUGAUACAAGCUGUCUUGAAGAAAAAAAGUUUUUUUGCUACAAUGAGAACAAAUUCCUUGACAAUAUUCAGUACAUCAGCAAUAUGAAAAUGACCUGGCAUGAUGCUCAACAGUACUGCAGGACACACCACACAGAUUUGGCAACAAUCAUGGAUGACAUUGGAAACGUAUUCUUUGCUGGUUUUCUGAUGACAUUUCAGGAUUUGGAUGCUUGGAUCGGUUUAUCCAGGAGCUUCUGGCAGUGGUCAGACCAGACUCAAGUGUCAUGGUCCUCUAUGAAAUGGAUUAUUGGGCAGCCUGAUAAUGUCAAGGGCAAUGAGGAGUGUGUGUAUCUCCGUUAUGAUGGGUUGAAAGGUGACGACACAUGCUCAGUUCAACAUCCUUUCUUCUGCACUCAAAUAAGGAGAAAACAAACUGUGAGAGUGACCGUGAAAUCAGGAGAGAAUCUGAAUGAAUCUACAGUUAUGGCAGCCAUCGAGAAGAAGGUGAAUAAAAUAUUUGCAGUGGACACUGGAUACAGUGUGACAUGGAGAGUCCAAUCUGAUGGAAAGGUCCUACACAAGACAAAAAAUUUCAAACAAGAGAAGACCACAUGUAAAGAAUGACUGUCCAUUUUGCUGCUGCUUUGGUUAUAUUAGCAGAAAGCACAAGGCAAAUAACAAAUACUGGUGGGGGUUUUAGUCAUGCAUUUUUAAUUAUUUGUUUACAUAGAAAAUGUAAAUGUUUAGUCAUGCUCAUACAUUGUUUUAUUUUGUCAUUAUAUACCUUGCAUUUUUUACAGUAGAAAUAUGUAAUUACUCAAAAAGUAAUCCACUACAAAUUGCUGAUCUAAAUUAUAAUCUGAUUAAAUUAUUACAUCUUUGAAAAAGUAAUCACAUUACUAAUUAAUUUACUUUAAAGUUACUUUCUAAAACAGA